UCGUGAGAAGAAAAAGCCCUAAAAAGAACACUUUUCCACUUUCUCUUCUGUGGAAGACCAACAAACAGAGCAGCUUUAGCCUCCCUCCACGGCAGUCGGUAUACCUGCCGGAUUUUGGCUUAGGGCUUCUUCAGCUUUCGGCUUCCUGAUACCUUCUUCGCUGCCAGAAAUGGCCCGGUGUACGGCCGGCCGACGACUUGCUUAGUGGAGAAACAUACUUUUACACCAAAAAAGAAGGCACAACAUUGCAUUAUGGGCGAUUCCUCUCAAAACAUGAAUAUCCAGACAGAUUGGACCCCUCAAGUUGGUAUGGAAUUUAAUACCCUAGAGGAUGCAUGGAAGAAUUGGAAAAAUUAUGGAAAGCAAAUGGGUUUUGGUGUGAGGAAGAAAUUUAUAAAUAAAAGUAAGAGAGAUGGGAAAGUAACAACGAGAGGAUUUGUUUGUUUUAAAGAAGGUGUUCGAAGAGUAGACAAGCGGGAUCAUCUAAACUGUCGUCAUCGAUAUGAAACAAGGUCUAACUGUCAUGUACGGAUGUUUGUUUCAUUAGUACGAGAGACUGGGAAAUACAAGGUUUAUGAUUUUGUAGCAGAACAUAAUCAUAUUCUACAUCUUUCAGAAACUACUUAUAUGAUGAAGUCGCUUCGAAAAAUACCUGAAGUUCAAGCCUUUUCAAUUAAUUUGGCAUGUGCUUCUAGAAUCAUUCCUCCAAAGGCAACCCAUGCGUUGAUGAGUAGAGAGGCUGGGAAGAAGUCAAAUCUUGGAUGCAUUGAGCUUGAUCAAAAUAAUCUUCGAACAAAACGGCAGAAGAAAUUGAUGUAUGGUGAAGCUGGUUGGUUAUUGAAGUACUUUCAAGAACAAUUGACUAAAGAUCCAUCCUUCCAGUAUGCAAUACAAUUAGAUAGUGAAGAACAAAUAACUAAUAUUUUUUGGGUUGAUUCUAGAAUGAUCAUUGACUAUGUCUAUUUUGGUGAUGUUGUGACUUUUGACACUACAUACGGUACUAAUAAAGAGUUGAGACCCCUAGUUGUGUUUACUGGUUUUAAUCACCAUAGGGGGGUUGUGAUUUUUGGGGCUGCACUUCUAUAUGAUGAAACGGCAGAGUCAUAUAAAUGGCUUUUUGAAAGUUUCUUAGCAGCACAUGGGGGUAAAAAGCCCCAAUCGAUCUUCACAAAUCAAGAUGCUACAAUGGAAAAGGUGUUAAUUGAGGUGAUGCCAGACUCGUGGCACGGAUUAUGUACUUGGCACAUAAUGCAAAAUGGUAUCAAGCAUUUGGGGAAUUUGAUGAAGGAUGGUUCUUGUUUUCUUCGAGACUUCAAAACUUGUAUGUUUGACUAUGAGGAUGAUACUAAAUUUGAAAAUGCUUGGGUUAAAAUGAUUCAGACAUAUAACAUUGAGAAUCUUUGUUGGUUGGAUGGUAUAUACAAAUUGAAGACAAAAUGGGCCAAAUGCCACGUGAAGAAUGCAUUUACUUUGGGAAUGGGAAGUACUCAACUCAAUGAAAGCUUGAAUGGAGACUUGAAACCGUACUUAAAAUCAGAUUUUGAUGUGGUCCGAUUUUUUCAACAUUUUGAUAGAGUGGUAGAGCAAAAACGGCAUAAGGAAUUGAAGGCUGAAUUUAAUGCUAGACAAAAGUUGCCUACGUUGAGCUUGAAGAAUUCCCCCAUGUUGAAGCAAGCAGCACAAACGUAUACACCUGUGAUAUUUAAAAUAUUUCAAGAUGAGUAUGACUAUGCAUCAGCAGCGGUAAUAAAAUAUCGCAAUGAGGGUCAACCAAUGCAUGAAUAUAUUGUUGUACUUCUUAAUGAAGAUGGAGAGUAUAAAGUACUUUGCGACCGUAAUAAUAAGAUAAUCUCAUGUAGUUGCAAGAAGUUUGAAACAUUUGGGAUUUUGUGUUGCCAUGCUUUGAAAGUUUUUGACUUGCUUGAUAUAAAGAUGAUUCCUGAUAUGUACAUUUUGAAAAGGUGGACAAGAGAAGCAAGGAGUGGAUACAUGUCAGAUAGUGAGAUGAGGAAUGUGGAAGAGGAUAUUAAUUUAAACAUUACACAAAGAUAUAGAAGAUUGUGUACCAAGCUGAUGAGAUUAGCCGCUGAAGCAGCUGACACUAAAGAGACAUAUGCUUUUGUAGUGAGGGCGAUAGAGGAAAUGGAAAAGAAAGUUAAAGAUAUUGCAACAAAAAGUUUGAGUGCUACUCUUGAUGAUCAAGCUCACAUGUCAUUGGCAGGUAGCAAUGAAAUUACAAAUCAUGCCCAAUCCAUUGAAUUUUUACUAGACAUUGAAAGUAGAGGCUGUGUUGUGGUUUCUAAGCAAACUUUCCUCUCAAGCAUGUAUCGUGAUUCUAAGCCAGAUAUUGAAUUUUGUGAAUAGAGCCAAAGAAGCCCAGAGAAGAACAAGGAGCCAGAGCAGAUAUGCAUCUUUUGGGAUGACAAUGCUGUAAAAAAGUCUUUUUCUUUUCUUGCUUGGAGAGGGGUUUUGAGAUGAUGAACAUACAAUUCUGUUAAUUUUUGCAAUUACUUAAGCUAGAUGUAGUCAUAGAAGUUGAAAGACACUGAUUUCUGUAAAUAUAUGAUUUACUUCUAAUUACCAGGAAAUGAUUCAUUGAACUCGGUGUUUCUUCA